ACGAGGGUGACCAGGAGCAUGGGUUGAAUGUUGAUUGUGUCCCAGUUUUUCCUAAAGUGCAAGAGUAUGAAGGAUUGUUCUGGCUUGAAACAGGUCUUCCUUGACCUUUUGUUUUGUGGAACAAAGUGUUUGAGUUAUUCAGUCUCAGCUCUUGCCGAUUGAAUUCGCCCAAAGGAUUGGCCUCUCUUCAGGUCCAUGUAUCUCGAGUGCUGAGAGGAGCAAAUUGAAAUGUGUUCAUCGCUAUUGGUGAUCGAUUGGCAGACGAAAGGAACCGGUCAAACGGUGCAAUGUGUCGAGGAUUGAUUAGAAGACGAACCUUGGGUUCUCCUAUCCCACGAAUUUGCCGUGAUGCAAACAUGUUCAUCUUUUGCAUGUUGGUCCUUUUUCCAUUGGCGAUUGCCUCCCUCGGUUGCUUCGCUUCUGCCACCAAUAUCGGCCAAGACAAAUACCUCAAGAAGACCUAUUGGAAAGAGCCUAAGGCGAAUUCCGACUUUGAACAAGAUGAUUUGCUUCUACCAACUUUCCAUCCCAAUUCAGUGUUCCCAUUCUACGAGGAUGAGGUCAUAAGCUCCUUGGACGGGGCGAAAUCUCCGACGACACCUAUUCCGAACAAAUCCUUGAGCUCGAAGAAGCCAUUGAAGACGAAGAAGUCGUUUUUUGACACAUUCUCACCUCAUAAGACCACCUCGGAAACGAAUAGUGAUGAUACAGCCCUGCCUGUGAUUGUGAAAGACCCCGUGGAUUCCUACAUUAUUCGCGGCAAGUCCGCUUUUCUGGAAUGCUCGGUCCAAGGUGCCAGCAAGGCCUUCUUUGUCUGCAAUGGCGAGGCCAUGUCGGCCACGAGCUUUCACCAAGAAAAAGAUCAUUUUGACGACGAGACGGGUGAAGUGAUUAAGAAACUGACCUUGGAAGUGACAAGGAACCAAGUGGAGGAGUACUUUGGCACGUUCAUGUGUCAAUGCCAGGCUUGGUCAGCCAAGGGCAUGACCAACUCCAAGAAUGUCUCCAUAGAAACUUCAUACCUACGCAAAGAGUUCGAGGUUCCUCCGUAUUCCCAGACCGUGGAAUUGGGGAGCCAAAUUGAGUUGCGGUGCCAUCCACCGGUGGGAAAGCCCGGGCCCAGGAUAUACUGGCUCAAGGACCGAGUGGAAAUUCAGCCGGAUCGUGACCCGAAUUACAUUCAGGCCGCCGAUGGCCAUCUCAUUAUUAUUCAAACGAAGGCGAAAGACAAUGCCAAUUUCACUUGCGUGGCUGAGAAUGUGUCCAAUCGGCGUCUGAGUCCAGUGGCACGCCUUCAAGUUGUCGUGACCGGUGGAUGGUCUGAAUGGACUUCAUGGUCUGAUUGCAACUCCCACAGAUGUGGACCCGGAUUUCAGAGACGCGAGCGAUUUUGCAACAAUCCCAGCCCCAUGUUUGGUGGAUCCUAUUGCCAAGGAUCAGCGUUCCAGAAGAAUGAUUGCGACACUGUGUGCAAAGACGGAGUGUACGACCCAAAAACCGCCGUAACCGCCAAUGCCGGAGGUUGGAGUGCGUGGUCGGAGUGGUCCCUUUGUACUGUGGAUUGUCUUCACCACCGACGAAGGCAGUGCAACGAUCCCAAACCAGCCAAUGGUGGCGAAUUCUGCAAGGGACGCGAUCACAGCAUGGAAGUUUGCACAGGGGAUAUGUGCAAAGAGAAGAGACAAACUGCCUUGAUGAAGGAGUAUGGAGGCGUUGGAGAUGGAGCUCAACAAGAGAUGUUGGAAACAGACUUUUCAUUGCUGGUUGGUCUCUCCGUGGCUUUAUUGGUGUUCCUCAUUGUCACGUUGUCUGCCGUUAAAUUUCUACGGCACAAAAGUCGAAGUCCCUCGAUGUACACCAUGACAAAUUUGAAUUAUCGAAGGGAAUUCUCCAACGGCAAUGGAGUGGCACCCACCCUCACCAAAGAGGAGGAGGCAGCCAAGCUUUUGGAGACUCGGCUCAGUGAUAUGGCCAGUAACAGCAAUCAAACUUCCGCCUACAGCACCGAGGACAAGCCGUCGAAUCCUCCGUUUCCCUCGGCAACCAUUGUCGAGAAUCUCUUCUAUGACACCCCGACGCAUUCGCCCUUUCUGGACGGAGGCAAAAAAGGUGGGAAAAAGUCGUUGCUGGCUUCGGCGUUGACCCUCUCCACGACAACCGGAGAGUCGCCACAGAUGAGAAUGAAGAACACUCAAAUGGAGGAGGAACACCAAUACGACAUACCCUUCAGUCACCUCAAUCCGGCCCGACCUAAAUCUCAUGAAGGCUCGAGGAGUGGUCUGGAAAUGACCCCAAAGGUGACGCCCGCCAUCAAUCGAAGGCGCGUCGAUUAUAAUGAGAUGGAUGCAACAAUGAUGGGCUCACCCCCUAUUCUACCCAAGCCCCAGAGGCGAAGUCAAGGUUCAAACCGUACCAACAGCAAUAGUGAUGGAGGCUCAAGUUGGAGAUACCCGCAGUUCGAAAGCUCCAGUUUAUUGCAGCCUAGAUUGAUUGAUGGCUCAACCGGUUGCUCAGCACCCAUGCUUAAACAGGCUAGCGGGUGGUCUGGCUCCGAGAAAAGCUUAAACGCCUCUCUCUUCUCGGAAUCUUCCCGACCACCUUCCUCUUGCUUUGGUGACAUUUUGACUGGGGCUCAGAAUCCAUCCAAUUCCUUGAGACAAAGUCUGUCUUCCAAUGCCCUUGAUCCCGACUGCUUUACCUUUGCCUCUGUUGGCCAUGCCGGAAAGAUCCUCUCUUUGCCGGAGCAAGGCGUGACUCUCACCAUUCCAGAGGGAGCUUUGGAGCAUGGCUUCACCGAGGAGAUCUUCCUAGCCGUGAUGACCGAUGGCCGUGAUCGGCCCAGGCUUUCCGACAACCAAACCUUACUCAGCCCAGUGGUUCUGGCGGGGCCGCCACGUCUUUCAUUCAAGAAACCGGUGGUUUUGAGUUUUGGUCAUUGUGCCAAUCUAAAGAUGGGCUCCUGGGAACUGGGUGUCUACCACUGUGAUUCAUUCUUCUCCGAGUCUGACGACACGCCGUGGGUCAAAUUGGUCACAAUCGGCCAAGAGUCCGCCGCCUCUCCUAUCUUGGCCACUAUGGACUUUGACAACUGUCAGAUCAUGUCCGAUUUCCUCACGCGUUUCUGCAUUGUCGGACAGUCCACCGUGGAAGAGCAAGCUUGCAAGGUGCUUCGACUCAUGAUUUUUGGCAAGCCAAUCUCCGCGAGUUUGGACUAUUGUCUUUGUGCCAUGGUGAUUGACGACACAGCCACAAUGUACGAUCGAACAGUCAGAUCGUGUGCCAAACAAGGGUUCCACUUGCUUGAAAAGUCCCGGAGCUUCUAUUUCCUCGACAGCGGGUCCAGCUUGGUGGUUACCAUCACCGAUUGCUCUACGGGUUGGUCACUGAAGCCAAAGACCCAGCAGACUAUUGCCUUUGAUCAGGUCUGGUCGGGCGGGGGCUUGGGUCUCGUUAAGGCCAAUUAUUCACUUCACCACGUCGAUCCAACAGUACAAACCAUAGCUUUCAAGCUCUCUGCCUUUCAAACCAACCACCCGGAAACCCGGCAAUCCUUCACCGUCAACAUCGACGUGACCCAAGGCCGGACCCCCGUUCCACCCCCCCUCCGAUGUGGAAGCACCUCUCGGACUCACACAGUCGACUCCAGUGGAAGACACAGUGACGCAACAAAUAAUUCCUCCUCUUCCUCAGGGGUGCCAUUUUCCUCGCCCACCUUUCGAUUUCCAUGUUCUAUAAAGAUCCAGCUCUGUCAGAUGCUGGAUUCGCCUCAAGAGACAGGACAAAACAAUUGGCGGGCAUUGGCCGCUGGAUUGCGCUUGGAACGAUUUUCCUCGUUCUUUUCGUCCAGACAAAGUCCCACUGAGACCAUCCUCAAUUUAUGGGAGGUCCAGCGAGGCCUGGACAGCAAUUGCGUGGCUGAUUUGUUGAAUUUGUUACGAGUGAUUGGUCGACAAGACUGCGCACAAAUCCUCGAGGAAGAUUACGGUCCAUGGAUUUGAAGAUGUCCCUCAAGCGUUUUGAGCCUUUGAUUUUCAUGUUUUAUGUCAGAUCUUUUAUAUAACUUGAAUUCAAACGCCUACUUAAAGCAGCAAACUUGAUUUACAUGCUACUAGAGAAAAAUAGCGCAAAUGUCCACAGAAAAAAAAUCCAAUUUCAGCCUUUUUGCUAAACCAUAUUUGUCAAAAAGCUAAGAGUAUUCAGCCCUUUAGUAAGAACUCUAUAAUAUAUGUUAUUUCCCAAAAUUGA